AUGGAUACCGCGUAUGAGACUGUCAACGCUUCAGAUAUUAUCGAUUUCAAAGAUCGUAUCAGCUACCGUACUGUGAACACAGCAAUCGCGCUCAUGUGUGUCAUAUCCAACCUUAUCGGUCUGGCGGUAUUCCUUGGAUAUCGUGAGCUUCGAAUGAAAUAUGUGCUUCUUAUUCAGCUGUCUGUUGCUGACUUGAUUUAUUCGAUAUCCACUGUUUAUACAGGAUUUGAGCAAAUUCAAUUAUAUUCCACAGCUACAAGCACACUCAAGAUUCCACUUAAGACCAGUGCUGAGUGCGCGCUGGACAUUGGAUUACAGUCAAAGUUGAUAGGUGACGUAUUGAUUGCUAUGACAAUUUUAUGGAUGGGCAUGGAAAGAUUCAUUGCUAUAAUGUUUCCAUUUUUUUAUCGAAUCAGUGUCAAUCGACGAUAUAUGAGGUGCAUCUUACUGCCACUUCUUAGCGGAGUUAUCGUCAUUGUCGUCUUAUUAUUGGGUCUAAUGUGCGUUCUCAGUGACAAUCAUUCACUAACUUAUAACUGUGGGCGAAAAUCUACAUUCGGAACGGCAUUCUCAGCUUUUAUCUACAUUUCGUGCAUUGUCAGCAAUCUUCUGUCGACAACAUUAAACGCGUUUGCCUAUGCAAAAGCUAGAGCAACGAUGAAAAAAAAUCCGUAA